AUUUUUGCAUACUUUCGUAUGUAAGACAGUAAUAUCACAUUAUCGGUGGAACAUAGAUGUAGAAAGGGUAUGAUAUUUCCUAAUCUAUUCCCAACGACUGUAUAUGAAUAACCCGAUCGAUGAGUUGUCACAUCGAGCAUUUAGCCAAUGCUCUACGAAUGAUUAUAGAAGUAUUUCUAUGAGAAAAUUGAUAGAAUCUUUCAUCGCUUUAAGUGUUGCCCUAGAGUGAACCGAACAGGUAUUUCAAAGUAGAAAGUGAUACGUCAUAGGAUAUCCCUUUUGUUACGUUUUCUUUUUAUAAAUAAGAUUUCAAAUCACUUGUGAAUAAACCCCUAUUAAGUUGGACAUCAAUCUAGUACAUAAUUUUUUCUAUCCAACGCUCGGUCCAAUUUAAGUAAGUGUGUUUAUCAGAGUACAUAACGUGUUAAAAUGUAGUAUUAAUAUGUUGCAGAUUAAUGUAUAGUGUGGAACUAAAUAAACGUAAUUUUAAAGUGUUGUAGAAGUUAUAUCGAGCCGAACGGAUAGAACUUUUUACCGUUAAAAUGAGAAGCGAGAGUUACGAUAUUUUAAAUUUCAUUAUGAACUCAGUUGCGCGCGUCCUAUUAGGUUGCCAUCUGUGGGUAGGCCGGGGAACUUUCUUCAAAGCUAUAUCCCGAGCGUUGCAGUUGUCAGUCUCAGUAUUCCUUGUACCCGUGUCGGAGUGGCAUCGAAACGGAACGCCCUCCACCUUUCUAGACAUUUGUAGUAACCCGGCCCUGUUCAACCCUGUUCGAGGAAGCAGCUCGCCCGUCCGUUUUCCACUCUCUUUCGACGGCGCGGAGGCGAGUGUCGUGUCACCAAAGGAGACCCAGUCCCAGUUCUCCUCAGGCAAGAUGUGGUCGUCCAUGCUGGAAGUCGCCAAGAAGUCGCCGUUUGGUACGCCGUUUAUGACCGCCGAAUGUCAGGGUCAUCAAGACACCCAGGCGCUCGUCAAGGAUCGCACCAUCGCAGCCGCUUCCGUCGCCUCCGGUGAUAGCUGCGAGUUUGGGUCAAACCAUUAUUUCCUGCUAUGCGGUCUCGGUGGCAUCCUUUCCUGUGGUAUCACCCAUACCAUGGUGACGCCAUUGGACUUGGUCAAGUGCCGUAUUCAAGUAGAUUCUGCAAAGUACAAAUCAGUGGUCAAUGGUUUCCGCGUGACACUGGCUGAAGAUGGAACCAAGGGAUUGGUUAGAGGCUGGGCCCCGACCUUCUUUGGAUAUUCCAUCCAGGGCAUGUUCAAGUUUGGGCUGUACGAAGUAUUCAAGGUCUACUACUCGGCUCUCGCUGGUGAAGAAGUCUCCUAUGAGUACAGAACUUCCCUUUACCUAGUCUCCUCUGCAUCUGCGGAAUUCUUCGCUGACAUUGGUCUCGCACCAUUUGAAGCUGCCAAGGUUAGGAUUCAAACGAUGCCAGGCUACGCGAAUACCUUGCGCGAGGCGCUGCCCAAGAUGUUCGCCGAUGAGGGACUCGGUGGGUUCUACAAGGGUCUGGUGCCACUAUGGCUGCGACAAAUCCCGUACACGAUGAUGAAGUUCGCCUGUUUCGAGCGUACCCUCGAGCUGCUGUACAAGUACGUCGUGCCUAAGCCUCGACAGGAUUGUACGAAGGGUGAACAGCUGGUAGUGACAUUUGCUGCUGGUUACAUCGCUGGCGUUUUCUGCGCUGUCGUGUCCCAUCCUGCCGAUUCGGUGGUAUCCAAGCUAAACCAAGACAAGAGUGCUACGGCCGGUGACGUCCUCAGGAAGCUCGGCUUCGCUGGAGUGUGGAAGGGUCUCGCGCCCAGGAUCGUGAUGAUCGGUACGUUGACUGCCGCUCAAUGGUUCAUCUACGACGCGGUAAAGGUCUGGCUUCGCAUGCCGCGUCCGCCACCACCGGAGAUGCCCGAGUCCCUGAAGAAGAAGUACGGCGUCGCCUAAAACUGCACCGAGCAUCCCCGGGUGUCCCGACGCCUCCGCCCGUCCCGGGGAGGAUUCGGAGCUAGAAAGACAAAUUAGAACGAUUCGAUUACCUUCGCAAACAGUUCUCUCAUAUUCGGAACGGCCGACGUCGUUGCCCGACCUCCCAGUUCGUCUUCUAUCGCGAAAUAUUUAUUUCCGACCAUUACUAUUCAUGAUGCUCACGCUCGGCAUUGAUUGCCGAUCGGCCGGAUCGCUUAGGAAGGUAAUCCCGAAGUUGCAGAUUCAAGUUAAUUGACGAGUCCUCGCCGAUUCGUCCCGAUCGGACUUAUCGCUCUCGACGAGCCGGCGUCGCUGAUCGACGCUCUGUAAAUAGAAUGAUAACCGAAAUAAACGGACGAAAAACGUUA